AGUUGAGAUCUCCCUUGAAGUAGGAUCUGGAUCAGGUGUGGUUUCAACAUUUCUGGCUUCCAUUGUGGGACCCAGUGCAUUGUACAUAUGUACAGAUAUAAACCCUAUGGCAGCUUUUUGUACCUUGGAAACAGCUGUACUUAACAAAGUUUACAUUCACCCAGUAAUUACUGACUUGGUCACAGGAUUGUUACCAAGAUUAAAUGGAAAAGUUGAUCUCCUGCUAUUUAAUCCACCGUAUGUGGCAACCUCCUCUGAAGAGGUAGAAAGCCAUGGAAUAGAGGCAGCCUGGGCUGGAGGCAAAAAUGGCAGAGAAGUAAUGGAUAGACUUUUUCCUUUAGUACCAGAUCUGCUUUCAACAGGAGGGUUAUUCUAUUUAGUUACAGUUAAGGAGAACAAUCCAGAUGAAAUUUUGGAAACAAUGAAGAAAUAUGGUUUAAGGGGUACUAGAGUACUUUCUAGACAAGCAGGAAGAGAAACUCUCUCCAUUCUCAAAUUCAGCAAGUCCUGAUGACUAUUAAAUCUUCCAUUGCUGAAGAGAUUGAAAGAUAUCCUGAGUUGAAGUACAGGCUCUCUGUGCCAAUGAAGAUCCUGUGGAAAAUGCUCAUCAAAGUGAUGGCAAGAUCCCUCACUAGAUUUUAACACUAAGGGCCUGUUUCUCCAACUCUACAGGAGGUAAUGAUAUCAAGAAAACAAAAAAACUCCCAGGGAGUUAUCCCAAGUAUUCUGGACUCUCUUCAAGACAGCAUAAACAAAGGACUCCAGCCCAGCAUGUAGCACGCCAGGUGUCAACCAUAAUUAACAUCUUACAAGCAGUGUCCUUCGAUUUCUUGGCCGACAAUCCUCAAAUAUCCAGAUUUCUCAGAGCAGUCAAACUGGACAGUUUCAGUGUAAGACUGUGGUACGGUGAACAGUUACUUUAGUCAGAGCUCUGAUCAAAAUGUCAUCCAGGAACAGAAUGAAGUGAGUGCCCCAAGUCUACCUGUGCCCACCACCAGCACCUUUAUAGAACACUGCUUUAAUGUGGUCCAGUGUUUACAGGACAUUUCUGUCAUAUUUUUGGGGUAGAAGGGAGGCCUGUAGUGGUGAAGAUAGUGAUCCAUAAAUGAACUGCCAUAGGGGCAGAAACUGUGCAGCAAGCUAAAGGGACUGUGAGUAACACAGCUGCUGUCCUCAAACUGCAGGCAAAGAGGAUUAUUCCAUCUGUCUCAAUUGCAAUAGACUCAGAAGUACAGUAAUUGACAGUAAUGCAUUUAAAGUUAGAAAAUACUACAAGAGUCCCACUAAACAAGGAUUACUCUCAGUUCUUGAGCUAUUUUGAUAAAAUGGUUUUGGAGCUGCUAAAUGUUGUGCUGUAAGUAGGAAUAGGACCAGUGGGUGUUACUCUUCAUAUCUUGUGACAAAUAUUUCCAAGAAAAACAUGGCAGACCACACACUGUAUAGUAUGGGGUGAAAUCCUGGCUCUAUUGAACUGAGUGAGAUGUGUGGUUAAGAUUUCAGCCUUAGAUAUUGCAGUGACUUGAAUAUCAAGACCCUAUGUUUUAUAUUCUACUGUAUAGUUACUCUGCCAGUGGUUUAAGAUUAAUCUUCUUUCAAAAAUUGUUACCGCAAGAGAUUAAACAAUUAUGAAUUACCAAAGGGCAGGUAUAGGCUAGAAAGAGUUGCCACAGCCAGAUAUUUUGAAGAAGAAAGGUACUGCUUCCCACCACCAAACUCUGGACUACCGGAUGCCUAACAGAACCACCUGCAAGCCACUCUAUGCUGUCUUUAGUAGCAGCCCUUAUCUCAUGAACUGCAUUUAACUAAUGAAGGUGUAUGGUGUUUGUUUAUCCAGCAGAAGUUGUCUCCUAAUCUAAAUAAUCAUUUAGAAUGGUUAAUAUUUAAUAAACUACUGAAACAAAA